AGAUGAGCUCUGAUUCGAAUAUGAGAGAGAAGGGAAUGAAGUAAAACAGCAAAAGAGCACUGAAAGCAGCAGUCUGGAGCCCCAGCGCGGUGGGAAGACGGCGGGGCAAAGAUGCGCUACGAAACGUCAUGGGAGAAAACCAAGCAAGGCGGCAGAGCAACCAGCAAUGGAGAACGGCAACCGUCAAGAUCCGGUCUCUCCUAUGCCGCGACAUCUGCCUGGGCUCUGGUCUUGCUGCUAUCGCCUGCUUUCUUGCACGAGAUUACAGCGAUGAAGCCGAUCGGCGUCAGGUUCAAGGGUGGCGAAAGGAAGGCAGGAGUCCUUCAGUCGCUCAUUCACGUGAUCUCACAGCGAAAUUUCAAGAGGAGGAUACGCAGCCAUGGGCCGCAUCUGCUGCCCGAGAGACUUCGACUUCGGGGGUCGGGGGAUGAUGACGUCGAUCUCUUCGAGGGACUGAUGGAGUCACAAGGCAGUCACGAGUUCCUCGGGGAAGCUUUUCGAAAUGGCACGGAGAGCAUUAAGGAGCAGGCUGUGGGGUAUAUGUCUAUCAUGAUGCAGGAGUAUCGCUUCUUUGGUCGAUUCACCGCAAAGAAGCUGCUGUCAACCGCGAACAUGUUCCCAGUAUUGUUUGAAGCGAGCAUUGACAAAAUGCUGGAAGACAAGAAGCAGUUCUCUGAAUCUUUUCUAGCGGUCCUAGAAGACCUGCCCAACACCAUCAGCGACUGGAUCAGCCAGUACCUGGUCGCUGGACCAUGGUUCAAGACUGCAACGAGAUCUGAGUACAACACUCAGUUCAUUCAUGAGGCGGUGUUCAAGUUGUUUGGGCCCGAGCAGCUGCGCAGGCACCUGCUGGGAUCAAACUUGUGGAGCAGCAGAGAUCUGACAGACACGCUGCUGGGAUCUUUCAUCAGAUUCUCCGUGACGGAUGCGGUCGCCAAUAACGAGGAUUAUAGGAAACGCCUGUUUGGUACUGGAAACCAUGGUGCUUUCAGAGUCGAACAACGUGUCGACAAAUUGUUGAUGUUGGAUACUCCUGUGGUGACGGAUGCAGCAGCGUUGAAUUUCCUCGACCUGAUGCUGAGAAGCCACGAGAUUAUCAAGAACAAGAGGAAAUUCGGGUACUUAUCUCUCCAACAGGCUUGCAACAAAAACGUUGACUGGACCCGCAGAGAUCUUCGCUUGAGAGACACAACAGAAACAUUCAGUGAGCGAGGACUUGCACAGCCAUGGCGGCUUGCCAAUGAGGAAGAGAUAAAGGGCGUGAUUGAUUGGUCGUACUGCUAUGAUAAGGAUUCAACUGACGAACAAGAGAAUAUGACGUCCAGCAGUCAAGCUAAAAAUGUUUCGCAAGAAACGCUCUUCUUCUUCAGAAGCCUUGCUGCCCUCGAAUCAGCAGACAUCCUACUGUUGAAGUUUUGUCAAUAUGCCAUGAGGAUUGCGUUGUUACAGAGUGAUGAGGACUUGAGCAAGACACCCGAAAACAUCAUCUAUGCUCUCUGCGACGGCACUCGCCUCUGUGGGCUGAUGUUUCCCAAGCUGAAUAUCCUUGUGAUGCACCUGCAAUUCCUGAUCCAUCAAGAAGGGCUGGAUACCAUCUUCUCCUUUCUCUCCCGCUUGGCCUUCAACCCGAAGCUCGUGAGCUCUGCUGCUGCUAUCCGCGACCUGACGAGCCACGAGGUGUCCAACAUCUACAACCGCGCCGCUAUCGUUCGCGUCCUCUAUGGUUUCAUCCCCGUGAAGAUGGCCGUUGACAUCGGGGGACCGGCCGUGACCUUAUUGGAUGGAGUGACCAUGGGCCGGGCGAAGUUGAUGCCGAUGCUGAUGCGCCACUUUGUGGACUUGGAGGCGCUGGGAUCAGACGACAUCAACAGCAACAGGAAGUUCGGCUACCGCACGCACGUGCUCGUCCUCAUGGACUAUCUGUGGGAGAACGAAGGGAAGUUCCAUCAGGACAUGUUUGCUGCGCAUGUGCAAGAGAACCCGAUGGACUUCGUUCGCUUCUAUAACUCUCUCCUCAACGACCUGAGCUUCUGCUUCGAUCACGCUUUCGAGGGCAUCGAGUCGAUCCAUCAAAUGGAGACUGCCGUGCCGGAUCCCAACGAGCAACCCAUCGAAACCUUCCUCCGCAGGACAGAAGAGUUCUCGAGACGAGAAUAUUGGCAAUCUCGUUGCUCGGCUCUCAUGGUUUACGGGGCUGACAUGCUGAUGAUCACCAAGAGAUUCAUUGACAGGAAGAGUGACGCGUUUCUAUCUGAGCACUUGGUGGAAAGAAUUGCAUCCUUCAUGGUGAGAAUGGUCGACCGGCUUGUCGGUCAGUCCUGCAGCAAGUUGAAGAUCAAGGACCCGAAGGCCUUCUGCUUUGAGCCUCGUCACAUCCUGACCCUCUCGUUGAGGUCCCUGCUGGCCAUGAGCGCACACGAGAAGUUUCUUGCCGUCUUUGUGAAGGACCCGCAGCUGCUCAACGAGAAGCUCUUCUUCAAGACUUGCGAUCUCUUGUCCAAGAAGAGCGUGCUGAGUGAGGAGGAGAGGAGGAAAUUCCAGGAGAUCUGGGGGAAGAUCGCAAGUCUCUCAGAGGAGCAGACCCUCAUGGUCGACCCCGUCCGUCUGCCUUCCUCGGGAAUCAUCGCUGACCGCGUCGUCAUCACCCGGCACCUCCUCACGGAUCCCCACGACCCCUUCAACCGCGCUCCUCUGACCGGUACCUCAUGCUGCGCAUGCGUGCUGCUGGAGCAGUUGAGAGCAAGCGCAGAGGAGCAGCUCGUCCCGCAAGAGGCUCUGAAACAGAAGAUCGGAGAGUACAGGACGGCAAAGGCUCAAACUCUUCAUCCCCCGCCGGUCGCUCGUGUGCUGGAUUUGACUGGCACGCCUGACGAGUCCCCAGGAGCUGAUGGCGAGCGGGAGAGCAACAAGACGACGAGCGAAGCAGUGGACCUCAACGGAACGAGGGGGAGCAUGGAGAGCGACUUCGAGCUCAUGACAGAAUGCUCUGAAGAGCACCGAAGACUCCGACCUAUCGAAGGACAAAGUAGGUUCGUGGAGGAUGUGGAUAUGGACGGGAUAGAAAGGGCAGAGGUUGUGGAUGAGAUGGAAGAAGACGAGGAAGACGAGGACGAGGAAGACGAGGACGAGGAAGACGAGGAGGACGAAGACGAGGAGGGAGAAUAUGAAGAAUACCCAAGAGAAUCAGCUGAUUCAAGAAAUGUAACAUUCAGAGUGGGACCUACUGGCAGCACAGUCAAUUUCUCAGAUUUCCGGAUGGUCUUCUUGCACAGCGACGGGUCGUUCAGCAACGAGACGCUGCCCUUGUUUGACUUCGCUUCCAUGGGCAACAUGUCUCAGAUAGAGGUGGACCAGGAAGGCCAUUGAGGCGACUCGACGGACUAGCGCGUGGAGGUUAACAGGGAGGGGCAGGGGGAAGGAGCUCACAAUGGUCCGUAGGCAGGCGUAGACUUCACGAUGGGUGGGUGAAGUGCCAAGCAUAACUUCUUAAGGAAGAGAGCAUGUGACCAUCG